ACAUCGGCAAAAUUUGCACAUUCGGUGCAGCACAUUUGCAUGCAUGAGCGUAAAAAACUAUUUACGUCGAGAGCACCCGUGUAUUCAAUUCUUGAGUCGUUGCUCAGGGCCGAUCGAAAAAUUGGUUUGCCAGCUGGUUGGAUGGUUUUACACAGGUCCUCUUGAUUUUACGCAUUUUCAAAUUUUUCUCGCAAUUCCGAUCAGAAGAAUUCAUUUGUGCCACGAUGAAUCUCGUUCACGUCCUUCUUUUCAUGUUUUUGAUGAUUGUGGUGGAUGGCUUCGAAGAAGGACCAGUAGACACAACCGAUGAAGGCCGCGGUUUGAUCAGACUAAAUCGGGAGCAGCCUACUACGCCAGGCGAAACGGUGGCAGAACAGAGUCUGGUAACCAGAAGCGAGCAUGGAAAUCAUGUACAUGGCGAAAAACCUGCAAAAAAAGGUGCUGCGCACUACGCAUCGAAGAUCUACCAUGCUGUAGCCGGACAUAAAAAAGGGAAGACGGAUAAGGAUAAAUCUUCAAAGAAAUGGAAUGCCAGUAAAAUCCUCUCGGGGGCGUUGUCAUAUGUUAAGAACCGUAAGGGACACAAGGAUCAUAAUAAGGAACAUCAUAAGGACCACAAAGGGCAUUCGCAAGGGAAUCAUGUAGAACCUCAAGGAGAGCAGGGGUCAUCGCCACCACCUGAAUCAUAAUUCCUUAUGUCGUACCUCCUUGAGGUAAUAAUUAGAAGCCACAAAUGCUCUGCAUUAAACAUUAUUUACAAUGAUA